CGCGCUAGCUAGCUGGAUGUACUCGACUAGGCCUAGAUCUAGACUGACUUUAGCUCAUUGGAUGGAAGGACCCGAGCCUGGAUCUAUUCUAGGCUAGGAAGAUCUAUUCUAGAUCUAGGCCUUGGCCUACUUUAAUUAUUGGAAGCUGUACCGAAUUCUGAUUUUGCUAUGGCAACCAUGAGUGUCUUUGUCAUCUUAAUUCUUUUCAACGCUAUCCUCAAUUUCAAGACAGUCGGACCAGCAGCAGUUUCCUCAAAAACUGUCGAUUGUGCUUCUGCUCCUUGUAUGAAUGGAGGGACUUGUGCUGAUGGAUUUAACAACUUUACUUGCUUCUGUGAAGAAGGCUUUACUGGGAGCAUGUGUGAAACAGAGUACGGCUGUUUUAGACCCUGGUUUUAUGGACCUGCAUUUGGAUACUGUUACCUAUGGGAAAGAGUAGAUUAUAAUUGGACCCAAGCCAGAGAAUCUUGUAUAGAUCAAGGACGCGGUGCUGAAUUGGCUAGUAUACACAGUGCAGAGGAGAAUGCUUUUGUAUAUGCUCAGAUAAGAAGGUAUGCAUGGAUUGGAUUAAGUGAUCAGGUAACAGAAGGAGUGUUCGACUAUGCAGAUGGAACUCCAGUUGACUACUUAAGUUUUCCUGAUAAAAACAAACAGAGUGAAACUCGUGAUUGCGUUUAUGUGAAACAUCUUAGAGUUGAUAACUGGUCCCUUCUAGAUUGUAGGGCGAAUAAAACGUCCAUUUGCAAAUCUACAACUACUUUUUCUGCCACUGAUGGUUGUGCCACAGGUUGGGUCCAUAACCCUGCAACUGGCUACUGUUACUUCUAUGAAGAAAGAGGUGGGAUGUGGUCUAAAGGCAGAGAAUUCUGUUUAGAUGCAGGUGCUGACUUAGCUAGCAUACACAGUGCAGAGGAGAAUGCCUUUAUAUUUGAUAUGCUUACAGAAUUUGUAUGGUUAGGAUUAAACGAUCUGGAAACAGAAGGAGUGUAUACUAACUUUUCAGAUGGAACUCCAGCUGACUUCGACAAUUUUCCUGCUGACAAUUAUCAGAAUGAAGAUCAUGAUUGCGUUUCUAUAAGACAUCUUGAGAAAACUGAUAGAUACUGGUUUUUCUCGGGAUGUGACGAUACUGUAACAUCUAUAUGCAAAAGACCCCAUGAAGUUGUUGCCACUCAAGCUCCUCCCUAUUUAUUUACAACCACCGAUGUUCCUGCUACAACCACCACUAUUCCUACUACAACCACCACUAUAUCUGCUACAACAAGAACAAUUGAUGCAAUGAUACUCAUAGAACUUCUUCUGUUUCCAAAUAAUGUGUCCAGUAUUGACAACAUCUUCAGGGUUAAUAACACCAUCCUUGUGACUGCAUCUGUUUUGGGGUCCUUUCAAGCACUGUCAUCUCAAAUCUUGUGGUCCAUCACAAACCAUCUAUCGGGCGACUCGGUUCAAUACACAGUCUACUCUGAAGAUGCAGUGCUUGUCCGGUUCACCACGGCUUCAAUUUUCACCAUUAAAGCGACGGCUGUCGGGAACUCUCACAAUCUGACAGCUACUGCAAACGCAACUGUCAAGCAUGUAUGCAUCAGCAGCCUGACCACGUCUGUGAAGGAGCAUUGCGAUGCUCCCCAUCCCGCUGUGUACCUCAGGGCCUUCGACAUUCAUAUCUCAACCCAUAUGGAGCUAAAUGGAAAGUGCAUCGACCCCAUGACCCCUGACUUCAAGUGGCGGAUUUUCACAUCUACUGAAGCUGAUGAUGUAGUGACUGCUUUUGAAAAGAUCACACAUACUCGUCAAGUGAUGAUUCCAAGGGGAACUCUACCCUAUGGUAUUUAUAGUCUAAAUCUGAAUGCUAAAACUCGUCUAAAAACAUCGGGUGAAGUGACUGGUGAAAAAGAAAUCAUCAGUUGGUUGGAGAUCCAACCGCCUCCAUUGGUAGCUGUUAUCAAGGGCGGAGCCUCACGGUCACAUGGUGUAUCUUCAAACUUGAUAGUGGAUGGCUCGAACUCCUAUGACCCGGAUGUGCCCCCAGGGUCAUCCAGUAACGUGACCUUUCUGUGGUACUGUGUAGUAGUUGAUCCUGACGUCAUGUACUCAUCUCUCGAUGAAGCAAUACAAAAUACAGACAAUGCCUGUUUUGAGGAUGAAGGAAUAAUGAUGAAUUCAACUUCAUCUAUGAUUGAAGUAAUUGCCAACAAGCUUAAUGCUAAUGUGACUAUGAACUUCUGGCUCAACAUCUCUAAGGAAGGACAAAUAUCUGGGUUGACACAACAAAGAAUCCACUUGACCCUUGGGCUAUUACCAGAGAUAGAAAUCAGUUGCAUCAGUAACUGCAACAUGUACAUCUUCACAGCUGAGCGUCUGGUCCUACAUGCCUCAUGCACCAACUGUGACAGUGAGAAUGAAGAUGUAUCCUUCCGAUGGAGUCUUGAGUCGAAUCAUACCUCUGUUAUAGGUGACUUGUCUUCACAGACUACUACAGGUCUUGACCAACCCUACCUGGUCCUCAAACCGCUCACAUUUGAUUCCAUAUCUGAAAUGGGUAGCAUCAUUCUACGAGUUACUGGUUCCCAGUCCGAUUCUGAUGGCUAUGCUGAAUUUAGCGUUGACUUGCCCCACAAUGCGCCACCCGCAUUAGGCUCCUGUGUCGUGACACCUGACGAGGGAUAUGCCCUACAAACUGAUUUCACUGUCACAUGUUCUAAUUUCACUGAUGUGGAUGAGCCUUUGACAUACCAGAUCAUUUUAUUCAGCCACGUGGAUGUAGUGGAUUGGAUGUUUGUGGGCAGAGGAGAAGGGUUUCAACUAUAUGAAGGCAGUGCGCCGAUCAAAGAUGGUCUGUAUCUCCCAGUUGGAGUUGGUACUGAUGAUCAUGAUAUUUUACUCCAAGUUAAUGUGAGAGAUUGUAACAUGGCCAGUACAUCAGUCUACAUAAGUGCUACAGUUCACCCUCCAACUCUGGAUGCUGUAGGGAUGAACCUUGUACAGGAGUUACUGGAUAUGGCAUUGCUAGUUGAAACCAAUGUGAAUGCAUUGUUAGCAGUAGGAGAUCCAGGACAAGCUGCACAACUCAUCAGUGCUCUUGGGUCCAUUCUUAAUUCCAUUGGAGAUGAGGAUGAUUCUGAGGAAGGGAGGGAAACCAGGUCAGAGAUACGCUCUUUUCUUGUUGACUGUGUGGCCGCCAUACCGGUAGAGUCUAUGACAUCCCUGAAGCAGAGCUCGGCUGCCCUAGCUGUCGUAACUCACAACAAGCAAGAGAUUUCUACUCACACACAGAUGCUAGCUGCAAAUACACUAUCAGAAAUGACAUCAUUCGUCAAAUCAAAAUCUGGGUCUUAUACUCAAGCUCAGGAGAAUAUUGAGUCAGCAGGUACCAUUUUGGUGGAGGGGUUGUCAAAUAUCUUAAGUGCUGCCAAGGAAACAGAAAGACUUCUUUCAGACGACACUUCUCAAGAGAGAGAAGAUCACAAGAACUUGAUUGAAGUUGCUGUGUCCACAAUCAAUGACAUACAAGAUGCGAUAGUAGCCGGCAAGAUUCCCAGUGAAGCAGCGACCAUCAUUACAUCUCCUGCCCUCAGCAUAGCAGUAGGCAGUAUCAGCAGAGACGAGCUUGCAGAGGCUACCUUUGGAGGUCCUGAGGAUCUUGGUAGCUUUAGAAUGCCUUCUCAAGAUGUACUGAAUCAAGCAAUGGAACAUGCUCUUGGGACAACUGUUAGCAUGAAGAUGUCAGCAAUGAAAUGGAACCCAUUUAGUUGGCCGGGAGCUGGUGGAGAAUCUAUCAAGUCUAGCAUCGUAGGAAUCCAACUGGAAGCGGAUCAAAUGCUAGAGUUCCAUGAUUUGACUGCUGACAUCGAUGUGUACCUACCAAUGAGAGAAACUCUGUCAGCAGAUCCUGUCUCGGUCCAUAUCACCAAGACUUCCUCCGAUUCCGUCCUUAUCGACCAUUCAUCCUUGCCUGUGGAUGGAGCUUUGCAUCUUACAGUCAUAGCUGAGAAUGAGCCCAUGGUUGCCCUGUCUAUAUGCACAGCCAGAAUCAGCAUUACUGAGUCUAGCUGUGUAGGAAGUGAUACCCUGCUGGGUGUCAGCAAUGAGGACCCGGACACUGAUGCUAAUUUCACAUGGACUGUCCCUCUGGUUGACUUGAAAGCUGCAGAUGGGAUCAUGAUUAGACUAUACGAUAGUGAAGAUCAGCCUGGCUAUGAAAAUGACAACAUCACCCUGUCUGUUUUCAUGCAUACAUUACAGUGCAAUUUUUGGAAUGAAGACCAGCAAGAAUGGGACAGCACAGGAUGCAAGGUUGGUCCUCUUUCGAAGCCCUCCACAACCCACUGCCUCUGCAAUCACCUGGCCAGCUUCUUUGGAUCCUCCAUCUUGGUACCCCCAAACCAUGCCCAGCCAGUGAUAGGUGGCCAUAAGCUUACCGGGGUGGAUUUCUUGAUUUGUGUCCUAAUAGGCUAUGGCAUAUAUUGUGUAGCAUUGGUUAUUCGUGUUGUAGGGUGUUCAUUUGUCAUCAGAGUUCACAAAGUUUUGUAGAAUUGUAGCAAUUUAGACAGUAGAGUAUGUACAAAAGAAGUUAACAAAUAGCAAAGGCUAGUUGAUGUUGACCCAUUUUAAUAGAUCAUAUAUUCAAUUUUGUUAUUGAAUAACAAAGUCAGUAUUUCUGCUGAGCAUUUAAGUUUUCCAUAGUUGAAGACACUGUCGGAAGUGAAAAAUGAAAUAGAUGAAUUAUAACUCAACGGAAAGCUUAUAUUAAGCCAAAAAUUGCCCCAUUUUAAUAUCAUGGCCUUUAAGGUGGGUUAAUUUCUUUUAGAAUGAUACCUCAUACACCCGUAUAAUUGCCAGAGACAUAGUACAAAUCCCAGAUUGAAAAUCCCAAAUAUUUGAAAUCAUUUUGGCUUUCUCACCCGAAAUCCUAAUAAAGGAUGCCAAAAUGACACAUGCAAAUGGGUAUGGUUUGGAGGCUGCACCCGCACACCCCUCACCAAAUGAAAUCGCAGUAUACUGAGUAUCCUUUCAUUAACAUAUUCAAAUGGCUUUUGUCUUUACUCUAAUAGCACAAAUGUUGUCUUGUAUACAUUGAAAUCCAUUGUGAUUAAUACAUUUAUAGCUCAUAUUUAGUUCAAUUUUUUUUUUUUUAAUGUGAUUUUCCAAUGGGUUGGGUCUUAUAAUUUCUAGAUAUUGUUUGCCAAAUCACUGAUUAGUCUCCAAAUAUUUUUGUUAAGAGGAUGUUUGUAAAUGUAUGUGUUUUUAGCCCUUGGUUGAUACAGGCACGUACUGCCUUAGAUUUGGUACAAAUUCUUCAGAACUUAGUUAAUUCCUGUUAUUCGAUUUUAAGUCUUAUAUAAAAAAUUUGACAUCAAUUGGAGGACUUUAAAUGUGAUUUUUUUUCAUGAACCUGUAUGAUAGUUUGUAUUAGAGUAAACAGAUUUGGUAUAUAAGAUGUUUUGCUGUCAUGGAAAUCUUUAUUAGGCUUAUAUCUAUUUUAGAUUGAGAACGAAAAAGCUUUUUCACACGAUCCAAGUCCUCGUUUACAGUAUAAGUUUACACUAUAAAUAAAGCCAUUCACUCUUGCCCUACCUGUAAAUCCUCAAAUUUG